UCCAGGAAGGCUGGGGCUGCCAUGGCGCUCAUUCUCUGCGCGCUGCGGUCCCUGCUCGGCGUCUUCUUCGCGCUCACCGGCGCUGCCAAGCUCUUGCAGGUGUCAGCCGCCGUGUCACAACAGAUGAAAGCCUUGUUCGAGCAGUUUGCUGAGGUGUUUCCACUGAAGUUGUUCGGCUACCAGCCAGAUCCUAUAAACUACCAAAGAGCUGUGGGCUGGCUAGAACUGCUGGCUGGGUUGCUGCUGGUCGGGGGUCCACGUGUGCUACGGGAGAUCAGUAACCUGCUCUUGAUCCUGCUCAUGAUGGGGGCCGUCUUCACUUUGGUGGUUCUGCAAGAGUUGCUGAGGACAUACAUCCCAGCUGUUGUCUGUUUGGGGCUCCUGGUGCUGCUGGACACCUGCCAGUUCUUAGCUUGAACUGAAAAAAGUGGUCAGAUGUCCUAGCAAGAAGAUUCCCGGUGCACUCGGGAACCCUGGGACCUGAGUCUUCAUGCCAUGCAGUUACCACAGCAGGAGCAGUUGCAGCGCAAUGUCAGGCCCACAGUCAUUCAGUGUAAAAGAGAUACCGUGUCUAAGCCUCAAUCUCCCCUAAUAGCUAUGUUGCCCGGUUUUGAAGGGGGCAUUAACAUUCUUCAUGCCAUGUGGAAACAGGAAAACAAGCAGAAAAGAAACCAAAACCACUUCCGAUUCUAAUAUCACACAAGCAACUGUUUCAGUGCUUUGGUGUUAACUGUACCUCUUGACUUUCUUUAUGAUUGUAUGCAGAUGCAUAGUGUUUUAUUUAUUUAUUUUUUUAAUAAAAUGAGUAU